AUGCAGCUCUCGGGAAGGGAGGAUAUUUUCAAAGCCUCAAUACCGAAAAGUCGAAGGAUGGAACAUGUUCAUGAUGAGGAGGAACGGAGUAGGUCAUCAUUAUCCAUGAGUCCUAUGAAUUUAUCUUCAACGAUCGGAGGAGGUAUGAAACAAAAUCAAUAUGAUCAUCAACAACAAAUGCAUACAUCGGAAAGUGUACAUGUAGAACGAAAACUCACGAGUUCAUUAAAUCAAUUAAAUAGAAAAAUAUUGGAGCCUUUAUUACGGGAUUUGGAGAUGGCUCAUUCACUAUUUUCUCAGGUGAAUAUGGGAACAAAGAAGGCAUUGAAGGAGUUUGUAUUUUUGAAAAAGAAGGAAGAAGUUGAGAGGAAGGAAUUCGAAAGGAUGGAUCAAGAGGAAGAAGAAUUGAGAAAACAACAACAAAUAUUGUCAGCAAGGGAGAGAAGGCACUCGGUAGGUCACAAGAAUGCUUUGAUGAGUAAUUCCUCGCAAUCCAAUUCAAAGAGAUCGGAUGCUCAACCUCAAAUCAACCCAGCCAUGGAUGCAAAUGCUGAAUCAGUGAGUGAGGUCACCCAAAGACCUCCACAAAUUCCCAAAAUCACACCAGAAAGUCAGCCCUCCAAAACAUUAAUCCCGACAACAGUCAAGAAAGAAUUGUCUGUUCCACAAAAUGUAAAUAAGAAAAAUCAACCAACAACAAGUACAAAACCAACUCUAAAGAGAGAUUCUAACUCACAAAAACAACUUCCUAACGAAAAAAAGCCCCAUUCAGGCAAAUCUCAACAGCUGUUACCCAAUCAGAAUUCCUUUAAAGAUCCAACCAAGAAAAAAACGGACCUUGAUAAUAUAUUAGCCAUGGCACGAAAAAUACGGAACUAUGAAGAAACAAAAGCAUUUGAAAAUAUUGUAAAUAAGAAAAUAGAAUCAAAAGAAAACUCCUCAAGCCUACAACAGGAAAAUGAACAUCAAGAAAAGGAGCAAAAACAUGUGAAAUUUUCGGAGUCACUUCCACAACAAGACCCUACAGUUAAUGUAAAUUUAAAGGCUCCUCAAAAACCUCCUCAAGUAUCAAAAGAAGAAGCAAAAACUGAGAGGAAGCUCAGCUUUAUUACAAUGUCAGAAAGGUUUGAGCACUAUGUUGACUUUCUGCAACGAAUACAACAACUUAAUGAAAAAGCAGAACAAAUAGGAGGUCUUUUUGAAAAGAAAACAGGUUGGAAAUUUUAUACUCCCAAACAAAUCUCCAAAGGAAGUACAAAAUUUGCACCGGAAAUUCCUCUCACUGAUAUUUACAACAAAACCCUGACCUCAGUGCUGUCAACUGCUCAAAGCAAGACGUGGUCUAUAACAGAUAUUCAGGAUUUCCAAGAACGGUUUAUUUUCGAUGAGAAUGACAUGAACAACAUUGAGGCCAUGUUACUUAAAAACACUAAAGAAGUGAGAACACCAGAACUCACUCCAACCAGCACUGUAUAUUCAGACAUACCGAAUUCAUAUGUUGGAAGAUGGCUUCCAAAACGAGUUGAUCCAAGAGUUAUUGAUCUACUGGUUCCACGAAAAUCGUUAAAAUUCAAACUGGAUAAGAAGAGGGCCAAAUAUUCCACACCCAUACUGUACUACCAAAAAGAGAACGAGUUAAAAAUCAUUGCUGAACAUCGAUUCAAAGUUCAACACUUGAUGCUUAAACGAUAUUUAUAUGGAAAGCUGUUUAAAGACCAUCGUUUGUUGGACCUUUUGCCACACAUUCAACAACAAGGUAAUGAUUCUCUUUAUUACAAUUUAUUGAGAGCUCUGGAAGGAAUCAUUCCAUGUGAGGCCAUCCGUGAUGAGAACAGAAGAACCAUUAUUCAUUGGAAGUCCAUGUUUCAUUUUGUUGAGAGACCUCACUAUGAAGAGGAUGACUUUUUCAACGAUUUCACAAGCUCGAGCGCUGCACAUAGACAACAACAUCAUUCCAUGAAUAGUGAACAAGAGCAAGAUAUUGAAGAAGAUUGUCACCAUGCCACGGUUCGUGACCAUGAUUCUCCAACAAGAACCCUUACUCCAUUGGACUUGGUGCAAGGAAACCAUUUUCACAAUCAUGAAGAUGUGAAUUCUCCCUCCUCCUUUACCAAUGAUGACGAGUUGGAUCAACACACCACUAUUGAAGAACAAAUCCAUACCUUACAACAACGCCAACAACAUGAUGAUGAAGAAGAAGAGCUCGCAGAUGACUACGAACGAUCUUGA